AUGAUAAGAUAUCCUCUCGGUGAGCUCUUGCUGAGGCGUUUCUUCCUCACCAGAAGACAUCGAGCGAUCAAAGAAGUGCUAUUACCGUUACUGAUUGGUGUUACCCUGGGUUAUGUUUUCGGAUUCAUAGUCAGUUUCGAGGACUUCGAUUCUAUUGAUCACAUUGCUGAGGUACCAGCACUCUGGACUUAUAUCGGCGAUGAACAAGGUUUUUUGGUCAUUGGUAAUCUGCGGAAACUCGUCCACAGCUAUAAUCACAGGCAUCCGAUUAUGUUCGGACGGAUUUUCAUGCAAAAAUCAAUUCUGUCCUACGUAUUUCCGUUCCUACAACGCGAGCGGAUGUCAGUGCGGAGCGGAGUCGUCAUGAGUACAUCGGGGCUUCGUAGGAGAUGGUGGCGUCGAGACUAUGGUGCCAUUCUGUGUUUAGAGUGCAUGUUUUUUGGCGUUGGAAUCUUUUAUCGACGGCCAAAUGAUAGUAUAGGGGCAAUUAAAAAUAUCUCAAAGUGCACGAACUUUUUCUUGCCGAGAGCCACUGAGAUAGCGCUUAUCAAGUGUGCUAAACAAAAUGGCAUCAGAGCUGUUAAUCCAGUAGAUGAGUUGAAGACGGAGGACGGUUAUGCGAGGGGAAAGGAUCCCGUAUGGGUCGACGAGAUGGACAAUGGACAGGUGGACGACAAAGCCUACGCCACCGACAUUUCGUGA